GUUCAGUGUAUCAUUGCCAGCCUACAUCAAUCUGCAAAGGAGUUGCAGAAAAGCCUCAUGUUCAUCGAGCCGUGAGUCACAUAAUUUUUAAAGCUGUUAUGAUUAAUAUCCAAACAAUCUGUUUGCCUUCCGGAAGUUAUUGUAGAUAUUUAUUUGAAAUAAUGCAAAUAAAUACACAAGAAGGUAACUCUCCAGUGGCAGUAGAAAUACAAUUUGGAGUAGUUUUACAUAUCUUGAGCUAAGACGUCUAGUCGCGCUGUGUCCACACAAGCAGCUCUCAGUUUUCUGCACAUAUUACUGGUCUGUUUAGCAGUCCACACAAAAACUUUGCUAGCAUCAUUUACGAUUUGACCUGUGUAUGACUCCCAACUUCUUACUACAGGUAUGGGCAAGAAAACUGUUCCCAUUUAUACUUUUCCACAGCGGGUUUAAAAUUCUGCAGCUGAGGGCUUGAAGAUGCAGAAGGGUACAGUAUGUGGUGCAGAUCGCAGUGUGUAUAAACAUGUUUUUUUCCCCCCCUUCGAAUUAUUUUGCUUUAAAUGUCUUUUCAGUGUUUGUAUUUAUACAUGACUUGAUGAGGACAUCUGUAUGAAUGUGAUGCUUUUCUUUUAAUAGUUGUAAUAACCAUGUUUUCUGCAUAGCCAACAACAGUGUAGUUACCAGUAAACUGUUGACAUUAUGUUGCACCCUUACUAGCUGUCAUUUAAUGCUCCACAUUUCAYGGUAAACAUUAAACAUUUGAACAGGUUAACUCAAACUAAAGCUCUUAUGUUUUUAUUGAGGCUUGAAGGUAAGAACCAAUAACAUCAAAUAACACAAAUAUAUUGUGCUACACUUUUUACUUCAGCAACAUUAUUGAAGUAUCUGAUAACAGUCCAGUAGGAGCAGUUAUUCAUAUCAAGGAAACGUUUUUGAAUAUAUUUUUAAAACAUAUUAAAUAGUUUUUUAAUCCUGCAGUUGGACUAAAAUCUUUGAGUCCUGUUUCAUUGAUACAUUUUGUCGUUACAUUGAUGUGUGUUAAAGCUCUGGAUACCCCACACUUUCUGUCAAGUAGGUCUUUCUCACUGUUGCUUUCUUGGACUUUUUCAGGAGAUGAGACGCGGCAGAGGGUCAAGUUCACGGAUGAUCGAGUCUGUAAAAGUCACCUUCUCAACUGCUGUCCUCACGACAUCCUGUCUGGAACUCGUAUGGACCUGGGGGAAUGCACAAAGAUUCAUGACCUGGCACUUCGGGCAGAUUACGAAAUUGCUUCCAAGGAGAGAGAUCUUUUCUUUGAACUAGAUGCGGUGGAUCACCUGGAGUCCUUCAUAGCUGACUGUGACAGAAGAACAGAACUAGCCAAGAAGCGUCUGGCUGAGACCCAGGAAGAGAUCAGCGCAGAGGUGUCAGCAAAGGCAGAGAAGGUGCAUGAGCUGAAUGAAGAAAUAGGUAAGCUUCUGGCCAAGGCUGAGCAGCUUGGAGCAGAAGGGAAUGUGGACGAGGCUCAGAAGGUCUUACAGGAAGUGGAGAAAGUCCGUACCAAGAAAAAGGAUGCAGAGGAAGAAUAUAGAAACUCCAUGCCGGCUUCCAGCUUUCAGCAACAGAAACUUAGGGUGUGUGAGGUUUGCUCUGCUUACUUAGGUCUCCAUGACAACGACCGUCGUUUGGCUGAUCAUUUUGGCGGAAAGCUUCAUCUGGGCUUCAUUCAGAUCAGAGAAAAACUGGACCAACUAAAGAAAACUGUGGUCGAGAAGCAAGAGAAGAGGAACCAGGAGCGCUUAAAGAGAAGAGAAGAAAGGGAGAAAGAAGAAAGGAUGAGAAAAAGGACCAGAUCACGGAGCAGAGAGCAUAGAAGAUCUCGUUCACGUGACCGAAGAAGGCGGCGUUCCCGCUCCACGUCCCGGGACAAGCGCCGUUCCCGCUCACGCUCCAGGGAGCGCAAGAGGCGGCAUCGCAGCCGGUCCCGCUCCCGCAGCCGAGGACACGGUCACAGCCGGAGCCGUGAGCCCAGCUCAAGACACAAGUCAUCCAGGGAUCGGGAACGCUCCUCUCGAGACCGGUCCCGGGACCGAGACAGGAGGGACGGCAUGAACGGCAGGUCAGAGUCCCGCCGAGCAGACGACAGGGACACAGGGGACUUCUAAAGCUCAAUUUCUAUCCACUACGACACAUGGCCUCCUCCUGUUUUUGACCUAUUCAUUUUUAAUAACCUGAAGUUAAUAGUAGUUGUUCCGCCCUCUCUUUUCUCACCUUCCUCGUGUCUUUGUUCUGUUACUCCAGACCACCUCCAUAACCGAGCUGUAAUAUAAACCAUCCCAUCCAUGUCUUGUUAUAAAUGAGUCAAAAACAAACUGAUCUCCUGGACUGGGACAUAAAAUGUAAACCAUCCACUGUCUUUUAAUAAGAAUUGAUUGUUGUUUAAAGAAAGAAACUGUAAAUAUGUUUUUGGCUUACAGCUAUUCUGGUUUUGCUCUAUCUAGGAGUCAUAUUUGCCCUUUAGCUUUCUUUGCAUUGUYACGAUAUGUUUUUUUAAGUGUAUGUCCACAUAAGUCUACAGUAGUUCUCAGAAGCCCAUUAAGAAGUUUAAAAUUCAAACCAAAAGAGUUUUCAGUACCAGUAUUUGACAUCCAUCUCCUGAUUUAAACAAAUCAAAAUUAUAUUUUUAUGUUUUGACAAAGUGAAAGUUGUGAGUUGAGCCGGUUUGGUUUGAUUUGAACUGUAUUGGUGGUUUCCUGUUCUGUUAGUUGGUUUGAGUCUUGAUUUUAUUUGUUUUAUUUGUCAUAAUGAAGUUCAAUGGUAUCUUGACUUAGUGUUGACAUGUGAAGCAGUGAUGCGUUAGAAUCUCAGUCCUAAAMGUGAAAAAAGAAUUUGGCCCAACAUAAAUGCAUUAAUGUAACCAAGUAUUGUAACAAAAUCAAUACAAAUUUUAUUGAAACCACUGCUUUUCCUCGCUGUGUUAAGUCAUUUUUCUGUUCUGCUGGAUUUUCUUUCCUUAAUGUUAUAUUAAAAAAUGACCUAAUAGUG